AUAAUUUUGCAAAAUAAUGACAAGCAUAUGAAUAAGUUGCAAAUCUUAUAGGAAGCACUGUGUUGCUAUGUGUAGAAGCGCCUUCAGCUCACACCUCUCUGUACGCAGCUUGUGUUUCAGUGUCAAAUGCUGAUAAAAGAAUAACAUUGAUGAUCGUUGUUGGUGUGUGCAGCGAUGAUUGCUUACUAAUUUUUAUGAAAGUGCAACUCUGUAUGAAAAUUCAAUGUGCGUUCCCGUUCGCGUUGGUGCAAUUCCUCCCGACAUAACAUCAGACCCUCUGUACGAUCCUGGAUACCAUACGAAAGGGGCAAGGCAAGUGUGUUAAGAUUCGAUAAAAAAAGGAAAAGCCCGUUUUUUUCUGCACGACGUGAGCCACCUUCGAGGCCAACAUGAACUCGUUCCUACGUGGAUCGAUGAACUACGUCUGGUGCACGACCAGUGUGCUGGGCAAGGGUUCCACUGGAGCCGUCUUCCAAGGCGUUAACAAGCACAAUGGCGAACCGGUGGCGGUCAAAACGUUCAACCAACUCAGCCAUAUGCGUCCGCAGGAUGUGCAGAUGCGUGAGUUCGAGGUACUGCGGAAGGUUAACCAUAAUAACAUCGUGAAGCUGCUGGACAUCGAGGACGAUCAGGAAGGACGCGGCAAGGUGAUCGUGAUGGAGCUGUGCACGGGUGGAAGUUUGUUCAACAUACUGGACGAUCCGGAAAACACGUACGGGUUGCCGCAGAAAGAGUUCUUGCUCGUGCUGGAGCAUCUUUCCGCGGGGAUGAAACAUCUGCGCGAUAACAAUCUGGUUCAUCGUGAUUUGAAACCGGGCAACAUUAUGAAGUACAUCUCCGAGGAUGGACAAACGGUGUACAAGCUGACGGACUUUGGUGCUGCACGAGAGUUGGGAGAAAAUCAACAGUUCGCUUCACUGUACGGUACGGAGGAGUAUCUUCAUCCGGACAUGUACGAGCGUGCGGUACUACGGAAGUCCAUCAAUCGUAGCUUCACGGCCAACGUGGAUCUGUGGUCGAUUGGUGUUACGCUGUAUCACGUAGCAACCGGCAAUCUACCCUUCCGUCCGUACGGUGGCCGGAAGAACAAGGAAACGAUGUAUCACAUCACGACCAAGAAAGCUCCGGGAGUCAUUUCCGGUACGCAGACGAGCGAGAAUGGUCCGAUCGAAUGGUCGAAACAUCUGCCAGCGCACUGUCAGCUAAAGGAAGGCCUGAAGCAACUCGUAACGCCCCUAAUGGCCGGUCUGCUCGAGGAAAGCCAGGGCCGUAUGUGGUCGUUUGAUAAGUUUUUUGUCGAGGUGCAAAACAUUCUCAACAAAACGGUGCUGCACAUAUUCUAUGUGAACCGAGCGACCUCGAUCGAGGUGUACCUGGAACCGGAGCAAACGCUCGUUCACCUACGGGAGCAUAUCCUUGCCCAGACAGAUGUGCCGCAGGCAUCGCAAUUACUACUCCUAGAAAAUGAACUGUUUGCUACGAAGGUGGAUGCCAACACUAGCGCACGAGGAUAUCCACCCACCGAAGCCAACAAUCCCGUAAUGCUAUUCAACAUUGAGAACUAUAACGUAAUCUUACCGACUGAAUGGGAUCUGCCCAAAUUCCCUACAUUCCCGAACGGCAUUUCGGUGGAGAAUGAUGCCAGCCUGGCAAAGGUGGCAUGCAGUGUGGGGCACGAAUGUAAACGGCGGGUGGAAAGCAUGUCCCUGCUCGAUACACUGAUGAACAAAUCGGUGCAUCAAUUUUCCGGCUUUUUGGCCGGUUUCCUGGUAAAGUUACUUAAACGAACCCGCCAUUUGGAAGAUAUAGAAGGAUUGAUCUCUGAACUGGCUAAGAUGUUUGAAGUUGCAGCGUCCAAUCACGAAACAUACCAAAAAUUCGGUGCAAACAUACACACCAGCUACGAAAAGCAGAAGACAGACUUUCAGCGUGUUUCGGAACCGAUCCAGCAGCUGUACGGACGCUUCGUCAAGGAGGAAUCGCUCGUGCGCGAAUGGAACUCCGGCUACCGGGCGUUACGUACGCCGAACAAGAACCGUGACAGCGAGAAGGCAAAAUCGCUCGUCAAUCGGCUACGCGAUUCCUGGCAGCACAUGUUGCGCGAUCGGGCCACCCGCUCCCUCACCUACAACGACGAACAGUUCCACGUGCUGGAGAAGGUGAAGAUAGCGGAAACGGGCAAGCGGCUCAAAACGCUGCUUAACGAUGGUGUCCGACAGGCAGUGGAACAGGAAGCCGAAUGUUUGGCCGACUGGUACAAGAAGGCACAGACGAUCUUCCUGCAGACACAAUUCCUCAUGAAGGAUGUCGGUGCGUACGUCGACGCACUGUACGAUUUGCGCGAACAGCUGAAACAGCACCGGGAAGAUUUGAAGGAAGAGAUAAGCACGGACGGUGAAGUAUCGAAAACGAUCGCUGGCAAAUCAAUGCCAAGCACCACAUCCACCGCAACGACGACGAUCCCGAUCGUGGGAGAUGUGGAUGGUAGCGAUAAGGGACUAACGGCACGCCAGAAUCAAUAUAAAGUGAUGUGCUUCAUGAACAUGUACAACCAAAUCAAAGAGGUGAAGAAAAUGCUUCAACAAAACAGUGAUAUUCUGGCGGCAACGCAAGGAUUGCUUCCUGAUAGUGGCGAUAGGGCCGCCGCAACGUAGAACGUGGCCCCCAAAACGGCAAACCGGUUGUUGUAAGUAAGGUUUGCGGAAAUGGUGAGAACCCAUGCGUGCUUCUGAUGUUCCUGAUUGAUGCGAGGAUGCGGACGGAAAUGUAUCUGUUGUGUAAAUAACUCUCUCAUAAUAGCGGCGCAACAGUAUUCUGUUAGUGUGUACUAUACUGAUUAGGGCAAACGUGGCCUGUAUUCCAUGAAGAAUAUAUAUUUUUCCUACAUUUUAUGUAAAA